CACGUGGAUGAAUUUGAUUGGGCAUAAGUAUUGGAAGUUACGUGAUAUUGGAAGUAGAGGAGGAUAAAGAGGAAGAUCACUGAAAGGGAGCUCUGUUUUUCUAUUCAGUCGUCUCUCUUUGUUGGCUGCACAGUAAAUGAAAAAAAAUUCAAUUUUUCCUUUCAAGUGAGAGCUCUUAGAAUAGGAUAUAUAUAUAUAUAUAGAGAGAGAUAGGGAGGAAAUGGAGGGCAUAGAUGAAGAAGGGAGUAGUGGAGAGGAGGUGUUAGGAUCAAGCUUGACGCUGGAGAAGGUGGCGGCGGCGAAACAGUUCAUCGAGAAUCAUUAUAGAGCUCAUAUGAAGAAUAUUCAAGAACGCAAAGAAAGACGAUGGGUCUUGGAGAGAAAGUUAGCUGCUUCAGGUGUGCCCGAGGAGGAACAUAUCAAUCUGAUAAAGGAUUUAGAGAGAAAAGAGACAGAGUUUAUGAGACUUAAAAGGCACAAGAUUUGUGUCGAUGAUUUUGAUCCGUUGACUAUUAUUGGAAGGGGAGCCUAUGGAGAGGUUCGACUGUACCGGGAGAAGAAAUCUGGAAAUAUUUAUGCAAUGAAGAAGUUAAAGAAAUCGGACAUGCUUAUGAAAGGGCAGGUGGAACAUGUUAGAGCGGAGAGGAACUUGCUGGCAGAAGUUGCAAGCCACUGCAUAGUAAAACUUUAUUAUUCAUUUCAGGAUGCUGAAUACUUGUAUUUGAUCAUGGAAUAUCUUCCCGGUGGCGAUAUGAUGACUCUGCUGAUGAGGAAGGAUACCUUAACUGAAAAUGUGGCUAAAUUUUACAUUGCUCAAAGUAUCUUGGCCAUCGAGUCUAUUCACAAACAUAAUUACAUUCACAGAGACAUAAAUCCUGACAAUCUUCUUCUGGAUAAAAAUGGACACGUGAAGUUAUCAGAUUUUGGCCUUUGUAAGCCUAUUGAUUGCACAAAUUUACCAGCAAUCCAUGAGAAUAAGCAGAUGGAUGAUGAAAAUAUAACAGAACCUAUGGAUGUUGAUGGAUGUAUUCCCGAUGCUGACAAUAAAAGCAAUUGGAGAAGCCCUCGUGAGCAGCUUCAGCAUUGGCAAAUGAACAGAAGAAAGUUGGCGUUUUCAACUGUGGGAACACCUGACUACAUAGCUCCCGAAGUGUUACUGAAGAAAGGAUAUGGCAUGGAAUGCGACUGGUGGUCACUAGGAGCAAUAAUGUACGAAAUGCUAAUUGGAUACCCACCAUUCUAUUCUGAUGAUCCUCUUACAACAUGCAGGAAGAUUGUGCAUUGGAGGAAUCACCUAAGAUUUCCUGAAGAUUCGAAGAUAAGUCACGACGCAAAGGACCUUAUAUGUCGAUUGCUUUGCGAUGUUGAGCACAGGUUGGCUACUGCAGGGGAAAAUCAAAUUAAAGCUCAUCCUUGGUUCAAAGACAUCGAGUGGGAUAAGCUCUAUGAGAUGGAGGCUUCAUUUAAACCUGAAGUGAAUGGGGAGUUAGAUACUCAGAAUUUUAUAAAGUUUGAUGAACAGUUGGAUCCUCCACCAUCAGCAAGAACUAGCUCGGGAUCCUCACGGAAGAUGUUUUCAACUCCCAAAGAUUUAGGUUUUGUUGGCUAUACAUACAAGAACUUCGAUGCCGUCAAAGGGAUACGCCAUUUCGUUGACUUCAACAAUCCAUCAACAGAGCAGCCAUCCGUCGAUUCUAUAUACAGUAAUGGACGACCUGCCAUUGAUUCAGAGGUAGGUUAUCCUACUAAGCGGUCAGCCGAGGAAACGGAUAUGCAGAUGCAUGCUGCAGGUGAUCCCAUGUUGCCAUAAAGUAACCUUCCAUGACCUGCGGUUCUUGUGGAGUGGCUGGCAUCCGAUUACCGGAACCACUUAACGAAAUGUACAUUAAUAUCUAAGAAAGGUCUCGAAAACCAGUUUCCGGGUCGAGUGGCAGGACAAGGGAAACUCCUUUUUCAGCCAAAAAGGUUGUUUUAGAAGUU